CGCUGCCCGGGACCAGCCAGACUUGCGGGGACGGGACAGGGGCCGAGGGGAGCGGGGCGUCCUCCUCGUCCUCUCGCUGGGUCCGUGGAUAUCCCGCGGGGCCGUCGCUCGAAGCCCCUCGCCUCCUUCUGCCGCUGCCCCAGCCGCGCUCCGGAGAGUUGGCGCUCGCCAGGGAAGCAAUGUUCUAAGAAUGUCAUCACGCAUCGAAAUAAAACCAAAGACUGCAGCACAGAAAAGCAAGACUUCCUCUCCUUCACCAUGUUCUUCAGAACCUGCAAUUAAACCACAGCCAAAGCCUAGUGACAAGCUGAAUCCUAAAACUAUCAAUCCGUUUGGUGCCUCUUCUCAACCAACAUCUGCAUUUGCUGCUAUAUAUGCUAAAGGAGGCAUUCCAUGCAGGUUAGUGCAUGGAUCAGUAAAGCACAAACUGCAAUGGGAAUGCCUUCCUGAAACUGUUCCCUUUGAUCCUCUCCUUGUAACAUUGGCAGAGGGACUAAGAGAGACAAAACAUCCCUAUACGUUUGUUUCAAAGGAGGGUUUUAGAGAAUUACUUCUGGUUGAAGGUGCUACUGAAAAAGCAAUUCCCUUGUUGCCUCGUCUAAUUCCAGUCUUAAAGGCUACACUGGCCCAUGCGGAUGAUGAAGUAUUUGGAAGGGGAUUGGAUGCUUUAGUUCAGCUGAGUGCUGUUGUUGGCCCAUCUCUUAAUGAUCAUCUUAAACAUCUACUCACAAAUCUUUCAAGGAGAUUAAUGGACAAGAAAUUUAGAGAAAAAGUUACUGUUACUUUACAAAAGUUGGAGCAAUAUGGUGGAAAGGCAACUGUGGCUAUCAUCAAAUCUAAAAUUCCAACCUAUUGUUCUAUCUCCCCCUGAACAAGAAAACUCUAGUGAUUUGUGCUAUAAGGUGAACAUCACUGACACUUAUUUGGGGUAUGAUAUAUUCUCUUAAAAUAAUCAUAACUCUUCAGUGCGAUGGAGAGUGGGAGUCUUAUCAGUUUGUGAAUAUGUAAUUACAGAAGACUUCUCUCUAUAUUUGCAUAUGCACUGUGCUUACAAUGACAUUGAUUAACCUGCUAUUGUUUCAAAAGCAGAGUAAAUAUUAAUUCUUAUUUUGUUGGAAACAGCAGUGCUUAAUAUGUUUUGUGUAUUUGUGUGAUGCAAAAUAAUUUGGCAGUAAUUACUUAAAUAGUAACUAACUUGGUGUUAAAUGACAUAUUUAUACCUGCUUUUGAAACAUAUGACUUAUUUUGUGACAGGCACAUUUAGGUUCAUCAGGACUAGGUUAGACAUAGAACCGUGAGCACUCAUAGACUUCUUCAAAGAGUCAGCUUUUCAAGGUGUGAAGCUGAACACACCAAACAAGGAGCAUACGGUGCAAAGCUGAACUUGCUCAGUGCAUUCUCAGCUUAUAGUUUUGGAGUGCUGGGAAGGCUUGGGGAAAUACAGGGUUGCUCCACAGAUCCACAGCCUAGGGUUUGCUCAGCUAAUUAGUUCCAGUUAGCUUUGGGCCUGCUGAAUGGGAGCUGGAGGUAGGAGGCAACUUUGGAGAAUUUACACCGUGGUCCCUUUGCACUGAGUUCAGGAACGUCACGGAUAUGCUUGGGACUAGCUUGUGAAUUCCAGUCUAGACAAGUUAAUAAACUUCUGAACAUGGAAGCUAUAAAAAAACAGGAGUUAAAAACAAAAAAAGGAUUUCAGAAGCCAGCUUACCUCUCUGUCAAACCUUGUAUGUUGCAGCAUUUGCUCAUGAAUGUAUUUGAACUUGACUGCAAAAUAAUUCCUAACUGGUCUUGCAAUAAAUGCCGUUCAGAGUCAUGUUGUGUUUCACUAUACUGUGAGGGAGAGCUGACUGAAGUAACAAAAUUUGCACAAAACUUUUUCCUCUGAGGGAAAAUCAAUUCUAGAAUUUAAAGUUGUUGGAAGGAAGGGGUUUUUUUGUCAUCAGAAGAUACUGAUGCAUAGAGUAUUAAAAAAGUCUGUCAUGUGAAAGCAAUUUCAGAUUUUUUUUUAAAAUAACUACUGAUUGACUAAAUGAAAUUUACCUCAGGACUUUGUGGUAAGAUUGCUGCUGAGAUGAGAACUGUGCUAAGUCAAGAUAAAUGUAUUUAGGCUUUUUUUUUUUUAAAUUAUAUUUCUUCAGUUAACAAUUUUGCCAACACGUAUUUAACAACUCAAAAAAAAUUGAUCAUGAUCCUUUUUUUAUUUCAUGUUUACUUUAUUAUUUUUUUUUACAAAAUGUGCACAUUUAGUUUACACAAACACGUUACAGCAGAUUUCAGGUGUACAUGUAUUGUACUACUCUUAUCCUACACUGGUGAUAGCAGAGCAGCCUUCAACAUGCCUCUAACAUCCCAUCUCUACACCAGAAUAGAUACCUGAUUUAUUUUUACAAAAGAAUGCUUGCAACGUUCUUUCUACUUCAUUAAUUCACGUUGUCUGCAGCAAUGUCACAAUGAAGGUUGGCCUAUCUCUGAUAGCAUUUCACCUAUUUUAAAAUAUUGGCAUAAACUCUGUGGACAAUAUAUCUUAAAAAAUACAUGGAUGGAGGGGCAGUGUUACAUUUUAGGUGCAUAAUUUUUUAGAAAAAUCUUUCUAGGUUCAGAAUAAAUAGCUCCAAUCUUAAUGAAGAAAUGAUUCUAAAAAAAUGUAAUGUAUUUAUCACAUAUAGAUGAUAUAUAGCUGAAGUUUCCUUUUUUUCCUGAUUUUUUUUCAUAGUUACAGAUAUUACAAAAAGCUGAAAUAGAUGUUAGCCUGACUAUCAGUCAUUAUUAGUAGAUGUUACUACAUAGGGAUAUUCAUUCUCAGCAUUGAAGUGGGAUGGAAGUUUCGAAGGAAGUUCAUGCCUUUUUAUUUAUUAAAGGCAAAAAGACACGUACUUAUGAAAACAGUGUUAGGAUCCAGUUAAGGUUUCUUCAUGAAAAAUUAGAAGUCAGAAGAUCCUUAAUUUUAAGCUAAGAGCUUUGCAGACACAUCCAAGAAGAAUUAGAAAUACAGUAUGUACGACGUCUGGUAUUCCUGUUGUGAUAAAUCAAACGCAGAUUUACUAGGUAAGUUUGAUUGAUAGAAGCUUGCUCAUAUUUUUUAGGGAAUAAACCUACCUAUAAGCAAUUUGGGUUUCUGUUCUAUAACAGUUCUUCUUCUCAAGUUAUCUAUUUUGUUAGGUUUGGGUUUUUUUCCUUUGGAAAAGAAAAGCUAGUCGAAGGUGGAAGGCAGUUGCAGAAAUGUGCAUUGCACAUUGAUUACAGCAUUAACUCUAAGUGUUAUUCAAAAAUGAGGACUACACCAUAGAACUGGGAAAAGAAAAUACAUGGUAAUGCCUCUGUAUAAAUUAGAAGCUAAGAUUUAAGAAAUACACUUGAACACCUGGAAUUAAUCCAGUAAAAAUGAGUAGCAAAACUAAGAAUAUAUUUUUAAUCUCCUUGUGAUUGUAUCUAUUUUAACUAGAGUUUGGAAUGAUAAUAAAGCUGCAUACUGUCAGUUCUUACUUUGUUUUAAUUUGGAGUAAAAACUUGAUUUUUCAGUACAAUCUUGUUAACUAAGUAGCCACUGUCGAAGAGCUAAAUUUUAUAAUUUAGAAAGAAUUUUUUGUUGGGAAGAGUUUAUAAUAAAAAAUUUACUUGCAUAAUCCAUGUCUCAGUGUAAAGCUGAGUAACUUUAUUUAUGAUAAAGUGGUAAAUCCAUCUUUUAGAUAAUGUUGCAGAAUAGCUCGUAUUUGUCCAUUAGUUGUAGACCUAAUGUCUUCAUUAAAUCACAUUUUCAAAGAGCUGCAUGGAUCGCAUUAUAUUCUCAUCCUGUAAAGAAAGACAAUACAAAACCAAAAAUCAUACACCAUUACAAAUGUAGUUGGCCAGUAUCUGUACAGACAGGGUGUGGAGCUAACUGUAUUUUAGUUAAUUACAUCAUUUUUUCAGCUUGUUUAGAGAAACUGUUAGCAGACAAAGGCUGUUAAUGGAUCUGUGCUUAAAUAAGUUUUUGUAUAUAUUAACGAGACCAAAACUACCCUGUCGAGACUACAAUAGCAUGUUAAGAAAAUUAAGUCUGCAGUAUUUCAGAGUUUAUCAGUUUAUACCCACUAUAAAAUAAUACAUUUAGACAAUACAUACUCAUGGAAUAGCUAUAUCUGAAAUGCAAAUCCGUACAUGGAAUUGCUAAUUCCGUGCAUUGUACACAGGAGCCUUUUUGCAAUACUAGGGCAGCCUGCUACAUAGCUAGGGAUGACUCUAACCUCAAAUAGAUUCAAGUGUGCCUCUUUGCAUGAACUGAAGAGGCAAUCAGUUUGACAAGUAUCACAACACUCUUCAGCUCUUCAGUUCAGAUUUUCUGUGUGCUCACACUGAAAGAUGGUCACUGCUUUCCAAUGCUACUUCUGCUUUCUGAUUGCAUUAGGUAAUGUUUUAAGAAAAUCUUCAGCUCCCAAGUUUUGCAUAAUGCUUAGUGAUGCAUCCAUCCCUCUGUAUUCCAGUUUUUAUCAGUAAAUAACUCUCAGCACAGGACUCAGCAAAAAGUAUUUUUCUUUGUAAGCUUUACAUUUCAGUGUAUAGAAGAAAGAGUAGUAUUUGCAGUAGCCUGUAUUUGUUGGCAUUUCUGGAUCAACAGUUGCUUGCAUAAAAGGCAUAUAUAAAAUAUAUAUACACAAUACAGGAGUUCAUUACGUGCUCAUUUAGCAUUUGUUGGUCUUCACUGUAAUGAGCCUAUAUUUUAAUCUGAAUGCACACCCUUAAGCACUUUCUUGAGAGAUAAUUUAGACAUCAAUUCGAGUGAAUAAAAAACCUGAAUUUGAUAUGUUAUUUUUCUAAGUUUCAUGAAAGAUGCCUAAAAGACCCCACUUGUUACAGAGGUUAUCUCAUAGUAUUCUCCACUACUGAUAGGGAUAUGAUACUUCUGUACAUAAAUCUUCCAAUAAUACAUGUUGAGUAUCAAUUUCCAGUUAAAUUAUUCACUGUUCAGUCUAGUGGGUGAUUUGCUUUGUAAAAAUGACUGGUCUGAGUAAUUUGCUUAAUUUAUGUUAUGAAACAUGAACAGUGGGGUUUUUCAUCUUUGACUCUGUAUGCCAUCUCAAGUGAUGUUGCUGUAAGAAAUGAUCUGUGCACUAUUUUGUACUGAUAAAAUAACUUAUGGAAGCAAUUAUAUGUAAUGUAAAAAAAUAUGUAGAUUAAUGCUUAAAAAUUUGUGUGGUAAAAUUACUAUAUGAAAUUACUGAAAGUUAAAAUAAGCUUUUUUCCCACUGCAUUGCUUUAAAAUAUCAAUAAACUAGUCAAGAUCACUAAUUAA